AUGUGGGGCACAGGUUUGCAUAUCAAUGACGGCUUUGAGAGCAGCAAGCCCAUCAUGAGCUCCGCCGACGCCCUGCUGGACCUGAUCCGCAACAUGUUUCCGGCCAACCUGGUCCAGGCUACAUUUCAACAGUACCGCACGCAGAGCAUCCCGGUGCCCGGCCCCCGGCCCACCGUGGCCCAGCUGCUGGACGAGACCACCACGCGACGCCUCUUCAUCUACGGUAUCCAGGACGACAACGGCACCGACAUCCAGAACUUCUCUCUGGACCUGACGCCGCCGCCCGACGUGGUGAUGCGCACGUCGCCUGGCACCAGUGAGGGCAUGAACGUCCUGGGGAUCGUCAUCUUCUCCGCUACCAUGGGGAUAAUGCUGGGCCGAAUGGGGCCCAACGGCAGCGCUCUCGUCAACUUCUGUCAGAGCUUGAACGAAGCCGUCCUGAAGAUCGUCGCCAUUGUCAUUUGGUACUUCCCCUUCGGCAUCGUGUUCCUGGUGGCCGGCAAGAUCCUGGAGAUGGACGACCCGUCGGCCAUGGGCAAGAAGCUGGGCUUCUACGCCAUCACAGUGGUCAUGGGUCUGGUGCUGCACGGCCUCUUCAUCCUGCCCGCCAUGUACUUCUUCAUCACCAAGAAGAGCCCCAUCGUCUACAUCAGGGGCAUCCUCCAGGCCCUGCUCAUCUCCCUGGCAACCUCCUCCAGCUCGGCCACCCUGCCCAUCACCUUCAAGUGCCUGCUGGAGAACAACCACAUCGACCGGCGCAUCAUCCGCUUCGUGCUGCCGGUCGGCGCCACCAUCAACAUGGACGGCACGGCGCUCUACGAGGCGGUGGCCGCCAUCUUCAUCGCUCAGGUCAACAACUACGAGCUGGACUUCGGCCAGAUCAUCACCAUCAGGUAAGGGAGGACCGCCGGCCG